AUGAAAGUGGAAGAACUUAUCAUCGAUGGGUUCAAGUCAUACGCCACAAGAACUGUCAUUACAGAUUGGGAUCCUCAAUUCAACGCCAUCACUGGUUUAAACGGGUCAGGUAAAUCGAAUAUUUUAGAUGCGAUAUGUUUUGUGUUGGGUAUUUCAUCAAUGGCAACCGUUCGUGCUCAAAAUUUACAGGAUUUGAUCUACAAGAGAGGUCAGGCUGGGGUAACGAAGGCCAGUGUUACCAUCGUAUUUAAUAAUAGCGAUACCAGUAAUUCACCAAUUGGAUUUGAAUCGCAUGCGAAAAUCUCAAUCACUAGACAAAUCAUACUCGGCGGAGUCAGUAAAUAUCUGAUCAAUGGUCAUAGGGCCCAGCAACAAACCGUGCUUCAGUUGUUUCAAUCGGUGCAAUUGAAUAUUAAUAACCCGAACUUUUUGAUCAUGCAAGGUAAAAUUACCAAGGUUUUGAACAUGAAGCCGCAGGAGAUUCUUUCGUUAAUAGAAGAAGCCGCUGGAACAAGGAUGUUCGAAGAUCGACGGGAAAAGGCAGAAAGAACUAUGGCUAAGAAGGAGACCAAAUUACAAGAAAUUAGAACUCUUUUGACUGAAGAAAUUGAACCAAAACUCGAGAGAUUCAGGAAUGAAAAGAGAACGUAUUUAGAAUUUCAAGAGACUCAAUCUGAUUUAGAAAAUGUGAUGAGAGUGGUAAAUGCAUUUGAAUUCAGUCAACUCUCAAAUAAAAAGAAACAUAUAGAAGAAAGUUUACAUUCUGGUCAAAGUAGACUCGAAGAGUUGGAGGAUACAAUUUCUAGGUUAAAGAACGAAGUCGAGAACUUGGGAAGUGAUUUAGACGCUCUAAAAGAACAGCGGCAUAAGGAGGUUCAGUUAGGUGGUAGAAUGUCGGAAUUGGAAACUAAAGAAUCUGAAAUUUCAAAUGAGCUUUCAAGGGUGCAAACAAGUUUGAAUAUCGCAUUAGAAGAUUCGGGCGAGGAAAAGGUAAGGAUCAGUAACUUGAAGAAAAAUAUUGAGAGGUGGAAACAACAGCAUCAGGAAAAGAAAACUCUAUAUGACUCGAAAUAUAAAGAGUACAAUAUUCAAAACAAGAAACUUGAGGAACUGAAAGCCAUUCAUAAAGAAAAGCAAGAACUACUCUCAACUCUAACGACUGGUAUCUCGUCUACCGGUACCACUGCAAAUGGAUAUAAUUUUCAACUAUCCACCAUCAAAGAGAAGUUACAAAACACUAGAAUUGAAAUAAGGGAGAAGGAAAUGGAAGUGGAAAUGCUUAAAGAAGAGCUCAAUUCAAAUACUCCCAAAAUUUCUGCUGCCAAGGCUGAAAAGGAAAAAUACGAUAAAGAAAUACAAAACAUGCAACAUCAUUGUAAUAAUCUCGAAAAACAACUUGAACAGUAUGGUUAUGAUCCAAUACUAUUGAAAAAUCUAAAGGAUAAUGAGCGUUCCUUAAAACAUACACACUAUCAAUUGAGCCAGGAAACAGAAUCCUUGCAUAGGAAGGUCUCAAACUUGGACUUCAACUAUGUUCCACCUUCAAAGAAUUUUGAUGUCUCGUCUGUUAAGGGAGUUGUCGGACAAUUGUUUACCCUUGACGAAGCAAACAUUGAUAGCUCUGCAGCUUUGCAGGUUUGUGCAGGUGGAAGACUUUUCAAUGUUGUGGUAGAUAACGAAAGAACUGCUUCACAACUUUUGGAACAUGGUAGGUUACGCAAACGUGUAACAAUCAUUCCUCUUAACAAAAUUUCGUCACGAAGAAUCAACGAGUCCAUCUUGCAUUUAGCAAAAGAAUUAGCUCCUGGAAAAGUGGAAUUAGCUAUAAACUUGAUUGGAUUUGAGGAAGAAGUCACGAGAGCCAUGGAAUUCAUUUUUGGAACAAGUUUCAUUUGCAGAGACGCUGAGACUGCCAAACAAAUUACAUUUAAUCCAAGAAUCAGAUCUAGAAGCAUAACAUUACAAGGUGAUGUCUAUGAUCCUGAAGGAACACUUUCAGGAGGAAGUAGGAAUUCUUCAAAUUCACUACUACUUGAUAUUCAGAAAUAUAAUCAUGCAUCAUCGAGGCUCAAACAAGUUGAGAACGAUUUGCAGGAAGUCGGCUCACAAAUCAAAGACCAGCAAAUGAAAGCUGAAAACUCAAAAAAUGUGUUAUCCGAAUUGAAUUUAGCCACACAUAAGCUUAAGUUAGCUGAGAAGAAUGCACAUGCUAGCAACGCAAUGCAGCUAUUUAACCGUAAUGAAGAAAUUCUAACUCAAUUGAAAAACUGUGAAAUGCACAUAUGUCAGUUGACAUCAUUGACCAAAGAAUACGAAACUGAGAUAAUAAACAUUCAAAGAGAUAUGGAAGAAUUCAAUAAAGACAAGGGUUCAAAGCUCAGGCAGUUAGAAGCUAAUCUCUCUGAAGUCUCUGCAGAAGUGGAAAAAUUAGACACUGAUACGGCUAAGCUGUUUGAUGAAUAUCAGAACUUGAGUUUUGACACAGAACAGCUACACACAGAUAUUUCUAACGCCCAAAAUGAAGUAUCAAUUGCAGAGAAAAGGCUUGCAGAACUGGAAACAACGUGUAAUGAGUACGAGGGCGUUGUGAGGACCAAAAAGUCUGAACUUCACGAAGUACACAGUAUUUUACAAGAGGAAAUGUCCAGACUUUCAGGAAUGGAAGAUGAGAUAUCAGAACUAGAGUUAUUGCUUAAAAAUAAGAACCAUCUACUUUCAACUUCGGAAGUGGAUUUACAGAAGAUUACAAACGACUUGCAUAAAUACAAGAAUAACACUUUUGGCAUCGAUCAAGCCAUUGAAAAUUUAAUCAACGAAAAUGAUUGGUUGGAAGAUACUUCCAUGGUCAAUAGCAUCUUGACACAGAAUAAGAACAUUAAUCUAGAUCAGUACAAGAAACGUGGUUCCGAUUUAGCCGAAAGCUUUCAGAGCUUAAGAAGGAAGGUGAACCCAGAGGUAAUGAGUAUGAUUGAGAGUGUAGAGAAAAAGGAAACGGCAUUGAAAACAAUGAUUAAAACCAUUGAAAAAGAUAAGCAGAAAAUUCAGGAAACUAUCGAAAAGCUUAACGAAUACAAACGAGAAACUUUAAUAAAAACAUGGGAGAAAGUCAGUGUAGAUUUCGGAAAUAUUUUUGGCGAUCUUCUCCCGAAUUCAUUCGCCAAAUUGGAACCUUCAGAAGGUAAAGAUGUAACCGAGGGAUUAGAAGUUAAAGUUAAAUUAGGUAAAAUUUGGAAAGAGAGUCUGGUAGAACUCUCUGGUGGACAGCGUUCCCUAAUUGCGUUAUCAUUGAUCCUUGCAUUGUUGCAGUUCAAACCUGCACCAAUGUAUAUAUUGGAUGAAGUGGAUGCCGCAUUAGAUUUAAGUCAUACUCAGAACAUUGGUCAUCUUAUUAAAACCAGGUUUAAAGGCUCCCAAUUUAUCGUUGUAUCGUUGAAAGAAGGUAUGUUCACUAACGCUAACCGGGUGUUUAGAACUAGGUUCCAAGAUGGUACAUCAGUAGUUAGUGUUAUGUAA